AUGAUGACCUUAUUCCCCAACUUGGAUCGAGAAGACAGACUCGACACUGUGCUUGAAGUCCCAAUCCCAGCAGAGGUGUUCUCUUUCAACAAUAAGAGCAGUCCAUGGCAAAAUAUGAAGUCAUGGGUCAAAUCACACACCGAAAGGCCACCACCGUCUAGCUUCAGAGCCCGAAAUACAGAGAUUCAAAUACUGCUCGGCGUCGUUGGUGCUCCACUUAUCCCUUUUCCCAUCCGCUUUGAUCACCCCAUCAACAAAACCAUCAAAGACCAUCCCAUCGAGGCUUCAAUGGCAAAAUAUAUAGUGCAGCAAUAUGUAGCAGCGACGGGGGAGAAAGGGCUUUGA